AUGUCUAAAGUCCAAAUGCUGAGGUCGUUGGUGACGCAGCGACUAACUGUGGCUGCUGAAGAGAUAUUUGGGCUGUUUGAGAGAACGAUAUCGGAGUACGAGGAGGAACUUUCUCGCGCAAAAGAGGAGAACGAGCGACAGCGGAAGCUACUGGAGCUGCGCGUGGAACCGGAAAUAAACAGAGCAGAUGUCUUAUCAUCUAUCGUCUUCAAAGUUAUUGAGAAUAAAGACGAGGUUUCCCCCGAGCGGCAGGAGUGGAGCUCCACUAGUGAAGAUGAUGAGGAGAAGCCUCAGUCUUUACAGCUUCAUCGGAGCCAAACUGAACAUAUGGAAACAGAAGCUGAUGGAGAGGACUGUGGAGGACUAGACCCAGAGCUAGAUACUGUUCACGAGUCAGGGGACCUUUCCGAACUCCAGAUUGAUUUCAGUGACGUGUUGAAGGAGACCAGAGAACCUUUGUCAGGAGAGAAACCAUUCAGCUGCACGGUCUGCAAGAAGUGUUUCCCGUGGAGGAGACACUUACAGAGACACAUGCGAGUCCACACAGGCGAGCAAAGACUGAGCUGCACUGUUUGUGACAAGACGUUCAAUUGGCCGUAUCAGCUCAGGCUCCAUCAGUGUGUCGGCGAGUCGUCGCAGGUUCACGACGACCAAACACAGAGUCAUCGAGACCCUGACGGUGAGAUGAGACGCCUUCCUAAGAAACAGUUUCCCUGCUCUGACUGCGGGAAAGUAUUCGGGUACAAGGACUCCCUGCUGAGGCACAUACGAUGCCACACAGGAGAGAAACCGUUCAGCUGCUCAGUGUGUGGGAGACAGUUUAGAGAACGGGGGAAUCUGGGACAGCACAUGGUCAUCCACACUGGGGAGAAACCUUUCAGCUGCAGUGUUUGUGACCAAAGAUUCAGCUGGCGGAAACAGCUCAAGAAACACAAGUGUGACGGUGAGAUCAGCAGGAAAUGA